AUGCAAAUGAAUGCCGCUAUAUUGUUUCAGAUUCUGCCUCUAAAAAAGUAUCCCGUACAGCAAAUCAAUGAAACAAGCCGGCAGAUGUGUGCAGCACAUCUGCAGAAGUGUAUCGGUAGAUGUCGCAUUAUAAAGCAACGGCAUCUCUUGGAAGCGAUCCCAGUGGCUAAAGUACAUUAUCAGCUUGGUUCACGAGAGGGAACAUUCUGGAUAUACGGAGUUGAACAUUAUUGCUAUGUACCACAUUAUCCAUCAAAAUGUUCUCUGAUAUGA